GCUCUUCUUGUGCUGCCCCAACUCGAAGGCUGAUGUCUCCCUACUUGCACGUGCACGCUGGUGUCGCCGCUGACCCCGGCACAGCGAGAGAGACAGCGCCCACAGACCGCCCUCCGCACCCCACUGGUCCACUGCACGAGGUGAAGCUGGACGCCGUGGACGAGAAGACCUCACUCCACGAGGAGCUCAAUCUGAACGACGAUGGCCCAGAAGGCGCUGACUCCGGCAUACCGAGCGGGCCGACGCCCGCAGACCGCCCCCCGCGCCCCACCGACCCGCUGCAUCGGGCAAAUGAAGUGGCCGCGGACCAGAAGAUUACACUGCACCAUGCAGUGACUGUGGCCGACGGUACGGAAAGUUCCGGCAGCGUCGAGGACGGCCAGCUUCUAGAGGCGGAAAGCUACUCGCUCCGCACCCGCCUGAGCAAAGCGAGCCGGGACGGAGGAAAGGGCGAACACCAGGACGACGAGGAUCUCGAGCAGCACCCUGAGAGCAACCGGCAGGACGGCGAGGCCCUGCAGCAGCACCCCGAGGAUGUUGGCGAGGAGGCCGGCAGUGGAGGAGAGGCGGGCGAGGGCAAUAGCUGUCCAGAGCAGCAUCAGGACCAAGUGAAGCGGAGGCAGAGAGGACGUGUUCACGGCGGACAGGAGUCGUACAAGUGUAAUGAUUGUCAGAAGUGUUUCACACGGAAAGCCGUUCUAGCUAGGCACAUCAGGACCCACACUGGUGAAAGGCCAUAUGAAUGUGACAUUUGUCACAAGCGGUUUAGUGAUCAAAGUAAUCUUGCUCAGCACGUCAGAACCCACACUGAGAGACCAUAUGAAUGUGACAUCUGUCACAAGCGGUUUAGUUCUCAAGGUAAUCUUGCUCAGCAUGUCAGGACCCACACUGAAGAGAAACCUUAUGAAUGUGACAUUUGUAAUAAGCAUUUUAGCAAGAAAUAUGAUCUUGCAAAGCAUGUCAGGACCCACACUGGUGAGAGACCAUUUGAAUGUGACAUUUGUCACAAGCGGUUUAGUGAUCAAAGUAAUCUUGCUCAGCACAUCAGAACCCACACUGCGAGACCAUAUGAAUGUGACAUCUGUCACUAG